AUGUCGCUUCAAAUUCCGUACCGCGAGAAAGCGAACGGCGCCACUGGCGCCACCAAGGCCGUCAUUCUUGUUGGAGGCUCUUCGCGCGGCACCCGCUUCAGGCCGCUCUCUCUCGAUGUCCCUAAGCCACUUUUCGACGUCGCUGGCCACCCCAUCAUCUGGCACUGCCUGACCGCCAUCGACAAGGUCCCCUCAAUCAGCGAAGUCUACCUGAUCGGCUACUACGAAGAGUCUGUCUUUCGCGAUUUCAUCAAGGACUCCGCAACCGAGUUUCCCAAUCUGUCGAUCAAAUACCUCCGCGAAUACCAAGCCCUGGGCACGGCCGGUGGCUUGUACCACUUCCGCGAUGCGAUCCUCAAGGGCCGCCCCGAGCACAUCUUCGUCUUGAACUCGGACGUGUGCUGCAGCUUCCCACUCAACGAGAUGCUCAAGCUGUCCCAAGAAAAGGAUGCAGAGGCUGUUAUUCUGGGGACACGGGUCAGUGAAGACGCCGCCUCGAAUUUCGGCUGCAUUGUCUCCGACACCCACACCCGCCGGGUGCUGCACUACGUCGAGAAACCAGAGAGCCACAUCUCCAAUCUGAUCAACUGCGGUGUCUACCUUUUCAGCACCGAGGCCAUCUUCCCUUCGAUUCGUAGCGCCAUCAAGCGCCGCACCGACCGGCCCUCUCGCCUCGUCUCGUAUCCCUCCUCCGACAACCUCGAGAGCUCCUUCAUGAUCGACGAUGAGGACGACGAGAGCCGCAAAAACGAAGUGAUUCGCCUCGAGCAAGACAUUCUCAGCGACAUGGCCGACAACAAGCAGUUCUUCGUGUACGAAACCCAGGACUUUUGGCGUCAGAUAAAGACGGCCGGCUCCGCGAUCCCGGCCAAUGCGCUGUAUCUCCAGCAGGCAUGGCAGAACGGCUCAGACGAGCUGGCCACGCCGUUGCCAAACAUCCUUCCUCCUGUGUACAUCCACCCAACCGCAAAUGUGCACCCCACGGCCAAGCUCGGGCCCAACGUCUCGAUUGGUCCUCGCGUCACGGUUGGCGCUGGUGCCCGUGUCAAGGAGUCUAUCGUGCUGGAAGACUCUGAGAUCAAGCAUGACGCCUGCGUGCUGUAUUCAAUUAUUGGUUGGAACAGCAGGGUUGGUGCCUGGGCUCGCGUGGAAGGCACCCCGACGCCGGUGACCAGCCACACGACAAGCAUCAUCAAGAAUGGUGUCAAGGUGCAAGCCAUCACCAUUCUAGGCAAGGAGUGCGCAGUGGGCGAUGAAGUUCGUGUGCAGAACUGCAUAUGCCUGCCAUUUAAAGAGUUGAAGAGGGUAAGCCAUCCCAUUUACGCAUCUCGCUUCUGUGUGUACCGCUAA